CCCUCCGCCCCUCUACCCCAAACCGCCCGAUCAAAACAAACAGCUCCAAUCAACUGCCCCACCUCAAGACCUUUGCGCACCGUGGAUUGUCUCCAGCGUGGACCCUGAUGCUCUCCUGGAAGGCCACGUGUUCCGCAUUCCUAUAACACAAGUAUAAUCCAUUACGCAUGAUGCACGCCCAAUAGAAAGACACCCAAGUUGCCCUUGCCCCCGCCGGUACAUUCUCUCCCUCUCUCUCUCACUAGGAUUUGAGGAGAGAGAAAAUGGGUUAGUGUCUUCUCUCUCUUUCUCUUCUCCAUCCUCCCAAACCCUAGUUUCUCACUCUAUAACGCUCUCCCUCUAUCACGCUCCAGUAUGUGCAUCUGAAAUCUAGGGUUUCGGAGCGGAGCAUGUACAGGGAAAGGGGUGUUGCCGCUGCUGGAUCCAAGGCUGAGAUGGCCUCAAUUGAUCGGAAGAGAAUCAAUGAUGCGCUGGACAAGCACUUGGAGCGGUCGUCGCCUUCCACGUCCAAGGGAUUGAACGGCAAGGAUAAGGACAGAGUAUCGGCGCAGUCUACUCUGAUAGAGGAAUCUGAAACAGACACUGAAGAGUCAGAUGUUAGUGGCUCUGAUGGGGAUGAUGCAUCAUGGAUCUCAUGGUUUUGCCAUAUGCGAGGGCAUGAGUUCUUCUGUGAAGUUGACGAUGAUUACAUCCAAGAUGACUUUAACCUCUGUGGUUUGAGCAGUCAAGUUCCUUAUUAUGAUUAUGCACUUGACUUGAUUUUGGAUGUUGAAUCCUCGCAUGGUGAUUCCUUCACAGAGGAACAAAAUGAAUUAGUGGAAUCAGCAGCAGAGAUGCUUUAUGGUUUGAUUCAUGUCCGUUACAUAUUGACCAGCAAAGGACUGGCUGCAAUGCUGGACAAGUACAAGGACUGUGACUUUGGUAGAUGCCCAAGAGUUUACUGCUGCGGACAAGCCUGCCUUCCAGUAGGUUUAUCAGACAUUCCUCGAUCAAGCACAGUAAAUGUCUACUGUCCCAAAUGCGAAGAUAUUUACUAUCCUCGUUCCAAGUCCCAAGGUGACAUUGAUGGAGCCUAUUUUGGAACCACAUUUCCUCACCUGUUCUUGAUGACAUAUGGGCACCUCAAACCACAAAAGGCAUCUCAGAGCUAUGUUCCUAGAGUAUUUGGAUUCAAGAUGCACAAGCCUUAAUUCUGGAAUUGCAAGUGACGUGGGAGCAAUGUUCAAGCGCAUUUGAAUGCUGGAUUUACCAAGCUGACAUUUGAGUGAGUUUUUGUCAGUCUGGAAACUUGGUGAUUCUCUUGCUUUGCUUCUGUUUGGAAGUAAUGAUUUCAAGAAUCUGAGUUCAAAGCUUCCCAAAAACAUCACAAACUAGGUCCACCUUUUUUAUAUGUUGAGGAAAAUACAAAAUAGCAAAAUCUGGUCUAUAUUGGGAGCUAGUAUUUCUUUUCAAUUUUUAGCUGAUGUAAGCCUUGUUCUUUCUUGAUUAAGCGAGUAUUUAAAUUGUCUUUUAGCACCUUCCAUCCAGAUUUCUCUGUUCUAUUUUCAGUUUCAAAAUUGUCAUCAAAUGCACACAAAGGUUUACCACAUGAAUUCCAUUAUUUUGCACUA